CCCGCUCCUCCUUUCCUAAGGGUACUUAGGGCUGCCCGGCCCGGCCCGCCCCGCUCCCGGCCCGAUGCUGCGCUCGCUGCUCUCCGGCUGCCUCUGUCCCCACGCAGGUAAGAAGAGUCCACCUGCUGAGGACAAAGUAGUGCUAACACAUAUGAAGAUACUGAGUAAUGAAGGAAUUCAGAACCCAGGGCUAGUACCAGAGGCUCCUGCUGAUGCUAGCCGUACUGAGGAGCCCAGUCUCCCCAGCACAAACUUCCCACAGGACUGCCAGGGAUGUCCAAAUGCUGCAGCCAUAACAGCAGACACAGACUAUGCAGAAGCCCCAGUAGGCACAGAUUAUGUAGCCACGCUGCCUGACCUCAGCAGCUUUGAGUCCAAGUGCCGCCUUCACAGGUUCUCCAAAUUUGAAUCUGAGGACUCGGGAGUUGAACUGCCAAGCGGGGCUAACUCUCCAUCCACGCCAACAGGUUCAGAGAAGAGCUUUGUGCUUCACAGCAGAGACUCAUUUUGUGACUCAGGUGUGCUUAGCACCUCAUCUUCUCCAGAAAUUGACCACCUGAUAAUGAGAGCAUGUAAAGAGCGUGCCAGGAAGGUUGGCCACCAAGGUGUGGAGAGUGAAAAGAAAGAUGAGCUCUAUAGCCAGGAGUCAGAUGUUGUGCAGAUUCCCACGCCUUCCCUUGAAGACUUCAGUGUUCCUCAGGAAGGAGAAAAUCCUGAUGAACAUUUUGACCAGAGUGAUAGGCAAUCUCUGGAAAAAGAACCAUCCCCAGAGACGAACCCCCCCACAGAGAGCACUCUUCCCACUCCGAUUCCCAUAGAGGAGCCAAAAACAAUUGCUGACAAUUACACGGAGCCCUUUGGCAGUACACAAGACCUUCACCUCCAUGGACAUCAGCUGAAGAAGUACCCCACAAGUGACAGUCUGGACGAAUACAUGAAUGAAUGCUGUAGACUGAGUGAGGUGAACCAAGGGAACAGCAAAGCCCUGGGAUCUGGUCUGGGAUACCUGGAACACAUUUGCCAACUGAUUGAGAAGAUUGGGCAGCUGCAGGAGCACAACCUGCGGCUCCAAAAGCAAGUCUGCAGCUUACAGAAAGAACAGAAAAUGAGCCAGAUAAAAGAGGAGUACCUCAUGCAGCAUUGCUCCUGUGGAGCUGCCAGCGUGUUCCUCAACUCGUACCAAGACAUGAAGACAUUUUUGGCAGGGAGGAGCAGACCUCAUAGCCUCUUGGUUCAGACUGGAAACCCUUCUGAUCUUUCAAUCAUCCCAGAAAUAGGAGCAAACACCGACAAGCUCAGCAGCUACCGCGGAAGUGAGAGAUACCCAGAAUCAGGAAACAGCCAUCCAACAGCAGGGCUCAGGAAGUUGUCGAACAAUAGGAACAAGGAAAAUGAGUUCAGAGAAGGUGGUGGCAUGGCCGAAAGACAGGCAAAGGAUCCUGCAGCCAGAAAGGGUCUGGACACCAGCAAGAACUGCUCGGGUGAGAGCCAUGCCUGGGGGAGAGUGAGAGAUCUUAUGAGGAAGACAAGGCUGAGAAACCAAAGCAAGCUGGGGCUGUCCUCUGCUGCUCUGAAGAGAUCCUGCCCACAGUUGUACAGGCCAGAUAUUAUGUCUUCAGAGCUGAGGAAAGCUGAGAGAAACUCUAUGAUUGUUUUGGGGCAAAAUACAAAGAAUGAAAACAUAUGGCCUUUCUGAUAACCCAAGUUAAAGAGGACAAGGUAAAGAAGGAGAAGUGGGAACAGUGACGGACACAAAAUAGAAGAGCCCAGGGGUGCUUUGUGCAGCUUUGCGCACCCGGCAUCCUCCAGCUGUUGGCAAAGCAGCUCUGAUUUGAAUGUUGGAAGGGAAAGAAGGAAAGAGGAUAAAGGUCUAAUGGACAGAUGCAUGCUCGGCUACCUAUGGCUUCGCUCCUGAACCUGUCGCAUACUCACAAGCCACAGAAGAAGAAACUUGCAGCCAGCAUCUUGGCACCAUAACCAGGAGAGGCUUUUAAAUGAGACUUGAUAAUUAAUUCUUCCUCCUAUCUAUACUAGGAACAGUACUACCUGAAUCACCAAAGCUUUUAAGUUAUCACUGCUUCCUGGGGACCUCUUACAGCUGAAUGAACUUCAGCCUCACAGUGGCCAGAGGAGCACCAUAUCUAUUACAGGGUGCAGAGAUGGCCAUUGGCUGCACUCCUCCCUUCCCAGCAGCACCUCGCCAGCUAUGCAGUUUUAAUCAAAUGCAACAGGAACAAAAGUCCAUAAAGCCAAGCUCUCCCCCAGGACCAUUCACAAACCCACCACCAGCUGCAUCUUCUGCAAACACUCUUUGAUUUCAGUGCCAUCCUAACACAGAAGUCAACAUGAUGAACGGCACUACAAGAAUUGGCCAUUAGAGAGUUGGGAGGGAACAUGCAUGGCAGCAUCUCAGCCAUCCAGCAGCCCAGCUCUCUGCCAAGCUGUGUUGUCCAUCUUCUGGAAGAGCAGGGCUGCAAGGAUGAGUUACUCACACACAUCCUCUAUAUUCUGUAUCUAGGACUGUUCUUUUAGACUUCCAAGGUUUUGAGGUUUUUUUUUUUUAAUGCUAUAGCCAUGGUUGGUGGGUGCCUUAUUGCCAUGUUUCCACAGAGCUCAGAGAACUGACAGCAUCUGCUUCUGAAGGUGCUACAGCUGCCACAGUGAUCUCCUUUCUUUUGCUGGUAGGAGCUGGUGCAUUUAUGCCUAUGAAGUAAAAAUUCAAGCAAGCCAACUUUGUCUCUUGUUAUAGACACAUGCUACUCCCCUGGAUUACAAUAUAAUUGUCGAUCAGGCACUUGCUAUUUAAAAUCCCUUCUGGUCUACCCUUGGGAACUGAGAUUUCAGAAGAUACAGUAACACGCUAACUUCAGCAGGUUUAGCCUUUCAGCAGCAGGUGCUUCCCCUUCACUCAGAGCAGCUGGAGCCCUUCAAGGCAGAGCUGGAUCUCUUCUGAGAUUCUCUGAGCCCAGUUCUAGCAGCAACACAAAGCAAAGAGUUGUUGCUCACUAGAACAACAGAUCAUGUUUACUCAGUGCAAGUAUAACAUGCAGGUGAAGGUCAGUGUAGCUGCUGUUAUUUAGCAUCUAAAAAAAAAAAGUUUGUGCUGACUCACAGUUAGUACCCUGAAGUAGGUGCUGUGUUUAAUAUUUCAGUUGUCAUUAAUUACAGCUGCUGUUGUAAAACUUGGUUAUUCACUGUAUAUCUUGCUAGCUUCAUCCAAAGCUAGAGAUAUUUAUGACUUGAUUAUUCUGUGAAUAGUCUGUAUAUCUCCAUAAAUCCCAAGGGCUAAAAAUCCUGCCUCAGCUUACACCCUCCACCUGGACAGACACUAUGAGGAAUAUGAAUCAGUGCAGAACUGGACUUGCAGGGUUUCAGGAGAGUCAUGAACUGGUGUUUCCCCAUCCCCUACUCUCCUCACAUUAUAGGUGUUACGGUUUUUAAAAUUAAGAUGAACUAGCACUCUUUUUAUUACUUCAUUAUAUGAAAUAUAAUCAUUUAUUUUCAAAACUAUAUUUAUAACCUGUAACAUACUGUAUAGUUUGCCACUUUAAGAUAUGCUUGUACUACAGUUUAAUAAGUUUAAUAAUAAAAUCAUCACUUAUGAAAU